UUUCCCAUUUUUACGCGAGGCACUUCAAUGCAGCAUGACGCAGUCACGUGACUCUCAGCCUGUGGUCAGCUGACGACAAAGCGGAAGUGAAAGAAACAUGACGGCCCGACUAAACAACUUAGCUCUUACGGAGUGUCAUAAAUUGUGCCACAGAGUAGUGGAUGGACUGUGUGGUCGAGAAGCUCCUCGCAGAGACGACUACAAUGCCUCCUGGAGCCUGGACGAGUGGCUGGACCUGCUCGAGUCUUUGGCAGCACUCUUCCGGCUGUCGGUAGGGAGCAACAGCUCUGAUGAGGAGGUGCUGCUCCGCCUGUCCGAGUUGAGCAGCAGCCACUCGGAGGCCGUGCUGAAUGUGCUCCAAGGCAGACGGCAAGAGAUUUGCCAUGCUCUGCUGGCCACGACCGACUCAAUCUCCUCUGCUAUUUUGCACGACUUUGACUGGCAGCUUCAGUUGGCACUGUCCAGUGACAAGAUCUCAUCUCUUCAGACUCCUCUGUUGAGUCUUCAUCUGGAUAUAAGAGAGAACGGAGGCCUAAACUCUUUCACCAUGGAGAUGAACAGAGAGGAGCUUAAUACACUCAUCACCUCACUGGAGGCUGCUAAUAAGGUGCUGCUACAGUUGAAAUGAACACUGAUCGCAAAGAAGAGGCAGUGCGGUGGCAUGGAGGAGAGAAGAACCCAUCUGCUCAUGCAUGCCAGCAAGCAGACAGAAAUUGUGCAAAAUUGUAGGCGUAAAUGGAGGCCCAUCUGAAGCUUUCGGCCAUUGUUUCAAAUGCUUUAAAGCUCAAGUUAGGUCGUCCUCAUUUUCUUUGCCUUAACCUGUGCAUUGUGAGCUUGUUGAUACAAGUAUUUUAUUACCACUUGUUUGUAAUCGACAUUCCUAUCAAAAAAUAAUAAUUAAAAAAACAACACUUCUUUCAAGAA